CAAAAAAAAAAAAAAAAAACACAUCGCUUUCUUCAGCGAUCAAUUAUAUCAAUCAAAAACCCCCCAAAAAUCAAAUCUAUCUCCCCCUCUCUCUCUCUCUCUCUUCUUUCCCCUCGUUUACAUCAAUCACUCUCUCCCUCCAUCUCUCUUUCCCUGUGUUUAUAUAUAUAGUCUCUCUCUCUUUCUCUCUCCCUAUUUGGUUUUGUUAGGGAUGAGGAUUUGGAGGCGGAGCGAUUGAGAUUUGAAUGUUGGUGUAUAAGACUGAAGAUUCGGAUUCAAAUGCUCGGAUCUGCUGGUGGUCAUAUGGCCUCCAGCUUGAAGAAUUCAGGACUAUUGAAGUUUGUAAUCCAAUGUCUUUUUGGUCUAAGAACUUCUUGUAGAUUGAUAACAUCUUUUAUGGGGUAAGAAGCGGGGGCGAAAUGGUUUUACAUUCCAAAUACUUAAAGACAUGGAGGAGACACGAGGUGAUUCAGGGCCAGCAGAGCAAGGGCCUUCAAAUACUUCAUGGUGGCCUUCAGAUUUUAUGGAAAAAUUUGAAUCUGUUUCUUUGGGUUCUCAAGAAGAGACCUUAAGUAAUAAAGAAUCUCCUAGAAGUUCGGAGGAAGGUGGGUUGUCACCUCAGAGAGCAUCUCAAAUUCUCUGGCGCACUGGAAUGCUUUCUGAACCAAUUCCAAAUGGUUUCUAUUCUGUCAUUCCGGAGAAAAGGCUGAAGGAGCUUUUUGAUGCUAUUCCUACUUUGGAUGAGCUUCAUGCUAUGGGUGAAGAGGGUUUUAAAGCUGAUACAAUUCUUGUAGAUGUUGAGAAAGAUAAGAAGCUAUCUAUGCUGAAACAGCUGAUUGUGGCGCUGGUGAAAGGGUUGAACUCAAAUCCACCUGCAAUGAUAAAAAAGAUUGCUGGAUUGGUCUCUGAUUUUUAUAAACGUCCCAGUUUGGAAAGUCCAGCAAAAGCUGCACUAGAAGAAACCUCUCACAUGUUUGAGAAUCGAGGAGUUCAGAUGUUGGGGCAAAUAAGGCACGGUUCAUGCCGUCCUCGAGCAAUCUUAUUUAAAGUUCUUGCUGAUACUGUAGGUCUUGAAAGUAGGCUCAUGGUGGGUUUGCCAAAUGAUGGGGCUGUUGAGUGUGUAGACUCAUAUAAACAUAUGUCUGUGAUAGUUGUCUUGAAAUCUGUGGAACUAUUGGUUGAUCUUAUGCGGUUUCCUGGCCAGCUGCUACCCCGAUCAACACGGGCAAUUUUUAUGACUCAUAUUUCUGCAGCAGGGGAGAGUGAUUCUGCAGAAAAUGACUCCUGUGACUCACCACUGGAACCCAAUAGUCCUCUUUGUGGGGUUUCAGAGAGACUAGAUCCUGACAGUACUGAGAAAGAUGAUAGCCUUCCGUUUCAUAGGAAAUUUGAAGCGUCCUUAAAUGUAUCUGGUCCUUCAUUGCAAAAUAUGAUGAUGCGAUCAAAUUCGUCAAUUGAAAGGAAAUUGAGUUUGUCACAUAGCGAGCCCAACAUUGCAAAUACAUUUUGGCGGCGUAGCCGGAGAAAGGCCAUUGCUGAGCAGCGGACAGCUAGUUCCAGUCCAGAGCAUCCUUCAUUUCGGGCACGUGGACGUUCCAUGCUUAGUGGUGACAGAAAAUCAUUUAGAGAAUUUUCUGAUGAUGUCACUACAUCAAGGUCAGAUGGUGCAUCAACGUCAGAAGCUCGUAGAAUAAGAAGAAGAAGCAUUAGUAUUACUCCAGAAAUUGGUGACGAUAUCGUAAGGGCUGUACGUGCAAUGAAUGAAACAUUGAAGCAAAAUCGUCUUUUGAGAGAGCAAGGAGAUGAUGGGUCAUUCUCUCCUUCAAAUGACAGAGUUUCAGAUCUUCAGAAAAAUGUAUCCAAUUUCCAUCUUGAUGGUCAUCAUGGCAUAUCUGGUGGAAGGUCCGCUUUAUAUUCAGUUCCCCGGGACAUGCUAAAUUCUCAAAAGGCGAUGUCAUUACCCUCGUCACCACAUGAAUAUCGGAGUCAAACUUCUGAGAGAAGCGAAUAUGUUAGAAAUGAUGAAUUGGUUUCAACAUGGAAUAGAAUUCUUGAAUCUCCGAUGUUUCAAAAUAAACCUCUAAUAGCUUACUCAGAGUGGAAUAUUGAUUUCUCAGAAUUGACUGUUGGAACUCGUGUUGGGAUUGGGUUCUUUGGAGAAGUUUUCCGUGGCAUUUGGAAUGGAACAGAGGUUGCAAUUAAGGUUUUCCUAGAGCAAGAUCUAACUGCUGAAAACAUGGAAGACUUCUGCAAUGAGAUAUCCAUUCUCAGCCGUCUUCGACAUCCUAAUGUUAUUUUAUUUCUUGGUGCAUGCACAAAACCUCCACGCUUGUCAAUGGUUACUGAAUACAUGGAGAUGGGAUCCUUGUAUUAUUUGAUUCACUUGAGCGGUCAGAAGAAGAAGCUUAGCUGGCGGAGGAGACUAAAAAUGUUGCGUGAUAUAUGCAGGGGUUUGAUGUGUAUUCAUCGGAUGAAGAUCGUUCAUCGUGAUCUAAAAAGUGCAAACUGCCUUGUGAAUAAGCAUUGGACUGUCAAGAUCUGUGAUUUUGGGCUCUCAAGAAUAAUGACAGAAUCACCCAUGAGAGACUCUUCAUCUGCUGGAACUCCAGAAUGGAUGGCUCCUGAACUUAUUAGAAAUGAACCCUUUACUGAAAAAUGUGAUAUUUUUAGCCUGGGGGUGCUAAUGUGGGAGCUCUGCACUCUAAAUAGACCGUGGGAAGGGGUACCACCAGAGAGGGUAGUUUAUGCUGUUGCCAAUGAGGGUUCCCGGUUGGAGAUUCCGGAGGGUCCACUAGGCAGGCUAAUUGCAGAUUGUUGGGCAGAACCGCACGACCGGCCAAGCUGUGAGGAAAUACUUUCCCGCUUGCUUGACUGCGAAUACUCUCUCUGUUGAUACAAUCUGUUUGUGUAUAGAAAAAAACAUGGUAGAGGUGUUACAUUGUGUUCCCGGCUUAAGUUGUGUACACUAAUGAUUUUUCCAGUCACUUUGAUAAACAUGAAAUGGUUCAUUUUUCAUUUUUGAAUGGCUCAAACACUUCCUCCUUUUUCGUGUAAUCAAACCAAGAUCAGGUUCUGGUCUGCAUAUGAAAUGGAUUUUUAUUUUUUUGAACAUUCUUGGUAUCUUACUCGAAAGUGACCAUAUAAAAGCCAAAGUUUAAAGACAACAAAAACGUGAUUUUGAAACUCAAUACUGUCGUGCAUGCUGCGCCAAGAGAUUGGUUUCCUCAACUGGGGGUCUUCUCUUGAUCAUCAUGGAUUGGCAAUGACUCAUUUCAAUCAGGGAUCUGGCGUCUAUUCAAUGCAUCUUCAAAGCGACAGCACGAGUCCACCCUCAUUUCUGUACUCAUGUCAUUUUCUGGUGCCGGAUAGUAAUCCUCUCGCAGCUGCACAUCCCUUAGAUUAGUUAUCCCUAGCAGGAAGUUCAUGAAAUGCUCAUGAGCUGUCCCAUGGAUGAAAAGCUUCCUUAGGGAAUGGCAUUCUGCAAGCAAACCGGCUGCUGGGAGUGACAGACUCCUUUGAUUAACAUCCUGGUCUUGCGGUGGCCAAUAGUCAAGCUCGUUGAGGCUCAAAUCCCCAAUACCAGUCAGGAAAAACCUCUCCCACAAGCUCAAAUCCAUUUGCCCCGAAGGUGCGGUCAGUGCAAAUCCUAUUGCAUCACUACAAUCUAACUGCAUCUUAGACAGCUUACGGUACGGUGCAAGUAUGCCCAACCCAAACCCAAAGGUGCGGUCAGACAGCCUGUGCCUUUCCCUGCAAUCUCCUUCAACCUGUAUUCGAAUCUCCUCCAAGUUAGGACAAUCCUCCAGACCAACCGAUGGCAGCGGAGUUAGAAGCUCACCAACAGCAAUCCAAAGAGACAGAUACCUCAGCCGCUCCCACCUCUUGCACCAAAACCCAUUCCCAUUACUUUCCAUGUACGGAUAAUUCCAUUCGGCUUCCACUUCCUCUUCUGCCUCCGAUGAGUACUUACAUUUCUUCUUCUUCCUCAUAUCCUCAAAGUCAAUCUCAUAACCAUUCUGGAACUCACCCACUUCAUUGAGAACAAAAUCACUAACACCUUCCCCGGUACCCUCGCCUUCUUCCCCCAAGCUCCCCCACAAGCAAUCGAUAUGCAGUCGCUCAAUCCGAUCACGAAGCGGCUCCAACGCCCUCAAAGUCGCUGCGGCAUCAAGAUUGAUGCAACAAGAAAUUUUAACCUCAACCAAACUCUUACUUAGCAAACAAGCCAAAGUCCUCACCCCCUUCACAGUAAUGCUCUUACACCCAAUCGCCUCAAACCUCUUCAAUCUCCCACAGCCCCUCCC